AUGCCCAUGUCGAUUCUAUCCAGUGACGACAACGUCUCUUUUGUAUCGACGCGAAGAGUGGACGUGAACGACAACGCUGGCGAUAGUGACGUGGACUACUGUCCCGUAAACGAUAGUGACGUGGACAAUGAGACAAUUAGUUCUGACAACAGCUUCGAGGCAGAAGAGACGGAGGGAGUAGGACAAGCGAAGACGACUGGCUCAAGAGGUGUCGACGAAGAGCAUAUGCUUUGCCGUGGCGUGGCAAAGUACGGCACUGGCAAGUGGAAGAAGAUCCUGCAGAGCGGUCACGGUGUCUUUUCAAAGCAUCGAACCAACGUGGACUUGAAGGACAAGUGGAAGAAUAUGCAAAGAAUGAACCACAUCAAUCGCAAGCGGACAGCUGAGGGACAACACUUGACGCAUCACGAGCAGUCGAGUGCAAGCGUCUGCGCGAAGCGGUCGAGAUCAGGCGAUAGCGUCAGCGAGAUGUCGCCGAUGGACAGUGCUGAGCUGAAGGGUGUCGAUCGAACGGAUGAGGCUGCCUCUGCAAUGGCCAGUGCUGAUGAGGAAGGGACUGAUGUUAGCUGCAUACCGAGUGGGAAAGACCGACUCGAUGCUGAAACUUCUGACCCCGAUGCACGUGGCUCGUGCCAAUUGUCGGGGCAAAUUGCGUUAAAUUUUGUAUGGAAUCGGUGCUUUCCUGAGCUUGUUAACGUCCGUGUAGACUUGGACACGUGUAAGGAUGUGUCUGCCCUGAAGCAGCUGCUACGCUCAACUGUCUUGUCAGAAGCGCCACUAGGUGAAGAAGUCCAGAUGAUUGGUCUCACGUCAAGACAGCUCUUGCAACAUGACGAGCUUCUGUCGGACUGCAUCAGGACGAACGGUACUGACUUUUUUCUCGUUUUUGACGAAGCUACAUAG